AUGUACGUCGUUCUGCAAGUAGGAUCGCAGGCCUACGCUCACCGGCUGUUCCUCUACGCCACGUCAACCACGCUCAAACUGUUCCCCCCGGGGGCCGUGGCGGGCGCGGAGGAGCUAGGGCCGCACACGGACCACCAUGGGGCGGCGCUGGUGCUGCUGCGCGGAUGCCGGUUGUCCCCCGCGGAGUUGGUGCAACUCGUAAAUUCCACCUUCCUCAGCAGGUGCGUUCUGACUCGACUCAAACACACCCGUUGUGCUGGUGCUGCUGCGCGGUUGCCGCCUGUCCCCUCCCCGGGGGAGUCGAUGGUGAGAUCAGUAGCACAGUGUGUGGACGCCCAAGCCCACGCACAAGUCCAAGCCGAGCUCAUGGAGGGAAUGGGGGCAGCAACAAAGACAGGGGAGAGUGGUGGUACGGAGAAGGAGGGGGAGGAGGAGAGCAGAGCACGGGUGGUGGAGCAGCAGGAAGAGCAUCAGCAGCAGGAGCAGCAGCAGCAGCAGGAGCAGCAGCAGCAGGAGCAGCAGCAGCAGCAGGAGGAGGAGGAGGGAAAAAGAAGAAUGCAAGAACAGACCCAAGGCACUGCUCCCUGUGUGUCCAUCCGCGUACAGGCCUUUCCCAAGCACUUUGAGCGGUGGAUUGCCACGCACCUGCCCCCCUCCCUCCCCCUCGACCCCAAGCGCUUCACGCACACCCUCAGUGCUGUUUCCACAGCUCCUCACUUCUUCCCCUUCCAUCCCCGCCAGCCCUCCGCCCCCCCUUCCCUUACCCCCUUCGACCUGCUUCCCCCCGUGCCCCCAUGCUGUUGCAGCACGCAUCCCACCAUCCCACACAACCCCCCCUCUUCCACCAUCCCAUCACCCUCCCCACCACCCUCCUCCUCCUCACUCUCCUCACCACCCUCCACGACUCAAACCUUCCCUUCAGAGUCCCCUCAAAGCUCAGAACUCCCCUCCUCUUCAAGCUCAGAGCCCCAUGAAACUUCGCCGUCUGAGCUCCCUGAAACUUCUCGUAACGACCCACCUCGCUGCCCAGCUUUUGAGACUUCCCAAAAGUCCCCUGAAAGCUCAGAGCUCCCUUCCACCUCUGACCCCCAUCAAGCUUCGUCCUCUGAACUCCCUGAAAGCUCUCCCAACGACCCACCUCGUCGCACGCGCCGCGACCGCACGCCUCUCCCGCUCGUCCCUCCGGACCCGCGCAUCUUCUUCUCGCUGUCCCCCGCGCGCUCCAUGUGGCGCCUGGCGAGCGACCGCAAGGCGGGGAGCGACGGCUGCGCCAGCAGCGCUGUGAGCAAGCUGGAGGAGGUGCUGCACGUGGUGGGGUGGCGGCUCAGGGGAGAUAUGACAGCCAUGGAUGUAGGAGCAGCACCGGGGGCAUGGACCGAGUAUCUGAGCGCCAGGAUACGCCACGUGCUUGCCAUCGACCCUGCAGCCCUCUCACCCGCUGUCACGGCCCGGGGGAACGUCACCCAUAUCAAGAAGAUGGUGGAGGAUGCGUGGGACGACGUGCAAGCAUGGUCCCUGGCCUGCCAAGCUGAUUCUUCUCAACCACAGCCCACUGCUGCUGAUGGGCAUGAUUAUGAUAGAGUGCAUGAACCAGGGACAGACACCGCUGCUGCAACGCUCGUGGCGCCGCUGCUGCCCGCGCUGGCCUCGGGGGGAAUACUGGUAGUUACCAUGAAAUGCCGCGGACGAGGCAGAGACAAAGAGUUAUUGACGCAGCAGUUGACUGAGGCUCUUCCUGUUUCCUUCCGUUAUGCUGAGUGUGUGUGGCUUAUGGCUAACUCGGUUUUCGAGCGCACGUUUGUUGGCAUCAAGGCAUAG